AUGCAACACUCGAAUUUUGAGGAUAUGACUGGUUUUGGCGGUCGGCCGAUGACUUUAUCAGCUUUAACGGUUCCAUUUCUAACAGCAAUGAGAUCGUCAAUCUUCCAGAUGAAGACUCGUGAUGAGAUCGUCAUCCGAAGUUGUUUACCGAUCGGGGAAAUCGACAGAUUUUGUGGUUGUAGUUCAUCGGGUCACUAUCGUUUGGGCUUACAGUUGGUAUCAGUGACCAGCCACGAUCAACGAUGCCGCCACGGAGACGAGAUGCUACAGACGACAGACGUGACGCUGCCAUCGACAACCGGAUCCACCAUUACGAGGGGUUUGACUACCAGGGCCUUGGUGGAUGCGCAAGGGUCGACCGAGUAUGAGGGUCUGUCUCGUUUUAAUGAUGAGGGGUGGUCUGAGUAUGAGGGUCCGCCAAUUAUCUAUGAAGGGUAUCUAGUGACAAAUGGAUCUGAACGUGCUCUUAACGACUUUGGAGAACACACUUUUCAAAUAUCUUCCCUUACAGGUUUUGAGGUACAGGAAAUAAGUGAUAUAGGUGUUGCCCAUCGUGACAAGUACUUUGGGGUCUCAUCAUUUGGAAUAACAUACAUGUAUGGUGCAGCUUCAUUUAGUGGAAGUUACUUCAAGCGUAAUGAUCAAUAUAGAAGUUUAGGCAACAGUGUUGCAUCUUAUGAUAAUUAUGAGAGAAAGUCUAUUCUCAAUGUGGUGAUGAUAUACACGAGAAGAAUGCCAAUACAAAGACGAGGUCAGAUUUUCGUUGGUGAUAAUUUAGGUAAAGAUGAGAUUGUGUCGGAAUCGAAGGCGAAUCCUUUUCGACAGGGAAAGUAA